CUGUGGGAGGGGCCAGAGCAGAGCGAGCGGCUAAGAUGGCGGCGGCGGCAGUGCUGGAGUUCCAGCGCGCGCAGUCCCUGCUCUCCACGGACCGCGAGGCCUCCAUCGGCAUCCUGCACUCUAUCGUGAAGCGUGAUGUCCAGGAAAAUGACGAGGAAGCAGUACAAGUCAAAGAGCAGAGCAUCCUGGAAUUGGGAUCGCUGCUUGCCAAGACGGGACAAGCUGAAGAACUUGGAGGACUUCUGAAAUACGUUCGACCCUUCUUGAAUUCCAUCAGCAAAGCAAAAGCAGCCCGCUUAGUCCGAUCUCUUCUUGAUCUGUUUCUUGAUAUGGAGGCAGCUACUGGACAGGAAGUUGAUCUGUGCUUAGAGUGUAUUGAAUGGGCCAAAUCUGAGAAAAGAACUUUCCUGCGGCAGGCUCUGGAGGCUAGGUUGGUGUCUUUGUAUUUCGAUACUAAGAGGUAUCAAGAGGCAUUACAGCUAGGCUCUCAGCUUCUGCGUGAGUUGAAAAAGAUGGAUGAUAAGGCUCUGCUGGUUGAAGUGCAGCUGUUGGAAAGCAAGACAUACCAUGCCCUCAGCAAUCUGCCAAAGGCAAGAGCGGCUUUAACCUCUGCACGGACCACAGCCAAUGCAAUCUAUUGCCCACCCAAAUUGCAGGCAGCACUGGACAUGCAGUCAGGUAUUAUCCAUGCAGCAGAAGAGAAGGACUGGAAAACAGCCUAUUCAUAUUUUUAUGAAGCAUUUGAAGGAUACGAUUCAGUUGAUAACCCCAAAGCCAUCACUGCGCUCAAAUACAUGUUGCUGUGCAAAAUCAUGCUCAACGCCCCAGAGGAUGUGCAGGCAUUAGUGAGUGGGAAGCUUGCUCUGCGGUAUGCAGGAAGACAGACAGAAGCACUGAAAUGUGUGGCACAGGCCAGCAAGAAUCGGUCGCUGGCAGACUUCGAAAAGGCUUUAACAGACUAUAAGGUGGAGCUCAGGGACGAUCCGAUUAUAAAUACACAUUUGGCAAAACUUUAUGAUAACUUAUUGGAACAAAAUCUGAUCAGAGUCAUUGAACCCUUUUCCAGAGUACAGAUUGAGCACAUAUCCAGUCUCAUCAAGCUCUCAAAGGCUGAUGUAGAAAGAAAACUGUCACAGAUGAUCCUGGACAAGAAAUUUCAUGGGAUUCUUGACCAAGGAGAGGGAGUCCUGAUUAUCUUUGAUGAGCCACCAGUAGACAAAACUUAUGAAGCUGCCCUUGAGACUAUUCAGAAUAUGAGCAAAGUAGUGGAUUCACUCUACAACAAAGCCAAGAAGCUAACAUAGAGCUGAACUUGGUAGCUGUCAUAUGGAGAGUGUGUGUGACAGGAGAGUGAAACCUUUGGGAAAAUGCUAGGAGACUUUUUCUUUGUUCUACUUUUCGCUCGGAAAGUUUUUAAACUUCCUCAUCCAGUGCAUCUUGUAUUCCAUACGAUGCGUGUUCCAGUUUCCAUGUAACCUUUAUUGGCCGAACUUUGUAUCGGGGGGAAUAUUGUUUAAACAAUGAGGGUAUUCUAAAUAAAAGGAAAAAGGCUUACACUACCUAAACAUGUGCUUUCCACUUCCUGUGGGAUGUCAGAGUAAAGCAGGGACAAGGCUUUGUUACCAACAGGUGCCCAACUGCUAAGAAAACAGUUUUUUCAUCUCUUCCUCUACUCUGAAACCCAGACCCGCUGAUGGUAUAUAGACAGUAUAGCUUUUUUCCAUUUGUACCUAACCAGAAAACCCUAAUGAAUGGA